UCUCUUUCCACUUGCCAAUUACAAGGACUGUUUCACCUCAACACAAUGCAAAAAGAUGGAGAUGUGAUUCUGGGUGGGCUAUUUGAAAUCCACUUUUUCUCAGAUUUUCCUGACCUAACAUUCACAUCACAACCACAGCAGCCAGUUUGCUAUGGUUUUGAUGUCCUAGGUUUCAGACAGGCCCUAACUAUGGCUUUUGCAGUAGAGGAAAUCAAUAGAAACACUGAUCUGCUCCCAAAUGUGACUCUUGGAUACAGUUUGUAUGAUAACUGUGUUGAACUGGGUAUCGGAUUUCGUGCAGCCCUGUCUUUAGCUGCCGGGCAGAAAAAACAUUUUGUAUUAAAUGAUUCAUGUGUGGGUGCACCUCCAAUCCUUGGUAUUGUUGGUGAUUCCUCUUCUACACGAUCUAUUGCUAUAUCAAAUGUUUUAGGAUUGUAUAGAGUGCCCCUGGUGAGUUACUUUGCCACAUGUUCCUGUUUAAGUAAUCGUAAAAAAUAUCCUGCUUUCUUUAGGACCAUUCCAAGUGAUGUUUUCCAGGUGCAGGCAAUUAUUCAGAUUUUAAAGCACUUCGGUUGGUCCUGGGUAGGUCUACUGGUCAGUGAUGAUGACUAUGGACUACAUGCUGCCCAGUCCUUCCAGUCUGACCUCUCGCUGCCAGGUGAGCCAUGUCUUGCAUACCUGGAAAUUUUGCCCUGGGACAACAAACAGUAUGAAGUUGAGAGAAUUGUGCAUGUGAUAAAGAAAUCUACAGCUCGAGUAGUCAUUGCAUUUGCACAUGAGAGCAACAUGAUUCCACUUAUGGAAGAGGUAGUGAGGCAGAAUUUGACAGGUCUUCAGUGGAUUGCCAGUGAAGCAUGGACAACAGCGACUGUGUUACACACUCCACACCUCAUCCCAUAUUUGCGAGGAACACUGGGCAUUGCCAUCCGGAGAGGGGAAAUACCAGGGUUAAGGGAGUUCCUACUACAAAUACUGCCCACACAGUCAAACGAAAGUGCUGAUGAUGAUGACAUUGUUCACCAGUUUUGGGAGAACACAUUCAAGUGUAGGUUUGCCCCAGCUCCUGCAGAGUGGACAGAAGCUGGAGGAGCUUUGUGCACUGGACAUGAAGAUCUCCAGAACAUAGACACUGAGUUCCUAGAUGUGUCCAACCUCAGACCAGAGUAUAAUGUGUAUAAGGCUGUGUAUGCUUUAGCUCAUGCUCUGGACGACUUGUUGCGCUGUGAACCAGGGAGAGGGCCUUUCCCUGGGAACAGCUGUACCACUCUGCACACGCUGGAGCCAUGGCAGUUUGUACAUUAUUUGCAAAAUGUGAACUUCACCACGUUGUUCGGUGAUGAGGUGUCUUUUGAUGAGAAUGGUGAUGCAAUACAUUUAUAUGAUGUAAUGAACUGGCUGUGGCUUCCAAGUGGACACAUACAAGUAAAAAAUGUUGGUGUGGUUAAAAAGUCAGCUCAGAGAGGAGAGCCUCCCAUGUCAGUGUGCAGCGAAAAGUGUCCUCUGGGAACUCGCAGGGCAAGAAGGAAAGGAGAACCUGAGUGCUGUUUUGACUGCAUAACAUGUUCUGAGGGGAAGAUAAGCAACAUAACAGACUCCACAGAAUGCAUCCCAUGUCUAGAAGACUUUUGGUCCAGUCCUGCUCAUGACCAGUGUGUACCUAAGAAAAUUGAGUUUCUGUCCUACCAUGAGCCUCUGGGGAUCUGCCUGACCACCACUGCAGUCUUAGGAACUUUCAUUUGUGCUAUAGUUUUUCUGGUUUUUGUUCAUAAUCGAAACACAGCUAUAGUAAGGGCCAACAACUCAGAACUUAGUUUUCAAGUCUUAUUAUCUCUCAAACUGUGUUUCUUGUGCUCACUGCUGUUCAUCGGACGUCCCAGACUGUGGACAUGCCAGCUGCGACAUGCAGCAUUUGGGAUCAGCUUUGUUCUGUGUGUCUCUUGUAUUCUGGUGAAAACCAUGGUGGUGCUGGCUGUGUUCAAGGCCUCCAAACCAGGAGGUGGCGCUAUUCUCAAAUGGUUCGGUAUAUUACAGCAGAGAGGGACUGUUUUUACGCUGACUUGCAUUCAAGCUGUCAUUUGCAUCAUCUGGUUGGUAACUGCAUCACCUGCUCCACAUAAAAACACUGAUUAUUAUAAUGAUAAAAUCAUUUAUGAAUGUGUCAUAGGAUCCUCUGUGGGGUUUGCUGUUCUUCUGGGUUACAUUGGUUUAUUGGCUUUGUUGAGUUUUAUGUUAGCAUUUCUGGCCAGGAAUCUCCCUGAUAAUUUCAAUGAGGCCAAGUUCAUCACGUUCAGCAUGCUGAUCUUCUGUGCUGUGUGGGUGGCCUUUGUCCCUGCUUAUGUCAACUCUCCAGGUAAAUAUGCCGAUGCAGUGGAGGUGUUUGCCAUCCUGGCCUCUAGUUUUGGCCUCUUGGUGGCGCUGUUUGGACCCAAAUGUUACAUAAUUCUUUUUAGACCAGAGAGGAACACAAAGAAGGCAGUUAUGGGCCGAGGUUAA